AUGUCCAGUUUCGAUGAAUUCGCUUCACCUAUUCGUCAUAACCAAGUGAAUGCUUCUGUACGAUCCAGUACCGCCCAUACAGGUUCUUCGUCAUCUUCAACGCACACGGUCACAGAAUCAGUUCGUAAAAACUAUAAAAAGCUGAAAACAUUAGUGCUGAAAUUAAAGCCUGGUACUCGACAACCUGAUCUAUCAUCGCUAGACCCCAAACAACUUGACGCAUUCGUUGAUGAAAUGAUUACCGAUCUUCGAGAUACAUUUACGACCAAUAUCAAUGACUUGCGUGCACGAAUAAAAAGUGCACGACCGGAUCCGUCAGAUCCCGAUUAUGCUGAAAAAAUGCAACUCUAUCAGAACCUGUUGGUUACCAUGGUUCCAGUCAUUCAAAAAGUUCAAACUCUAGCUGAAGAUAUCUUCAAUGACCUACAAGCACUUAUGAACCAAUUAUGGGAUGAUAUUUGCAAGAACAAUGCACGAGGAGUCGACCGAUUGCUUGAUGACCACGCUCGUAGAACUGAGGCACAUAUACAAAACAGCUUUCUCGAGCCGUUCGAUGUGUUAGAAGCAAAAUUGAAUCAAAUUAAACAAAUGUACUAUUCUUCUCAUUAA